UUGCUUCUCUGUGAGUUCUUGAACUAUCGCGGGCAAAGAUUCUGAAGUAGCGCCGCAUAUGACUUAUUUCUGAAAAUACGAAGUGGUUUCUGGAUGCUAUUAACAUACCUACGAGUUGAGCCAAUCUUGUAAGCUAUUAACGUCUUCUGCGUGGAGGGAAACACAAUCCAGAUCAUUGCAUUUGAGCUUUCAGGGUUUUCAUUGACUUGAAUUGACCAGAGAGCUACAUUUUAUUGGACGAUUUGCUCAAAACUGCAGAGUAUUAACCCGACUAUGGCAGCGACGACAAAGCCUAGGACAAGCAGCUUCUCACGCAACCUUUCUUCUGCACAUUCAUCUCAGACGCCAGGACUUAAACAUGGUCCCAAUGGCACAACAUUCAUUUCAUCCGGAAUACCAGACCUUGACAAGAUUCUUUGUGGUGGGUUUCCUUUGGGAAGCUUAGUCUUGGUGAUGGAAGAUGCAGAAGCUCCUCAUCACAUGCUUUUACUGCGGAAUUUUAUGUCUCAGGGACUUGUUCACAACCAACCCCUUCUUUAUGCUAGUCCAUCUAGAGACCCAAGAGGAUUCUUGGGUACUUUGCCAAGCCCAGGGACAUCAAAAGAUAAUAAAUCUCGUGACAGUUCUGCUGAACAGGAGAAGGGCUUAAGGAUUGCCUGGCAAUAUAAGAAGUAUUUUGGCGAAAGUCAAGAGAGCGUCAAUGCCAUUGAUGGUAAAUACGAGUUUUGCAAUGACUUUGAUUUGCGAAAGCCCUUUGACAGACAUUUUUUCAGCGGGAAGCAUGUGGAAUGUGUUAGUAUACUAGAUUCUUCUAGUCUUUCUACUACACUUGAUCGUUGCGCCACAUUCCUAUCACAAGUUCCAAGAAAUGACGGCAAUAUAUCCUCUGCUGGCCGUAUUUCCAUUCAAUCGUUAUGUGCUCCACAAUGUGAUCAUUCCAACAUGGAAUGGGAAAUGCUUUCCUUUUUAAGGUCUCUGAAAAGCAUGCUAAGGUCCUCAAAUGCAGUAGCUGUGGUGACGUUUUCGCCUUCCCUUCUUUUGCCAUCCUUCUCUAAAAGAUGGCAGCACAUGGCAGAUACCUUGCUUUCUGUCAAGGCAAUCCCAGAUGAGGAUAAGGAAUUAGCAAAUCUCCUCACUGGUUACCAAGACAUGGUUGGCCUUCUCAAUAUUCAUAAAGUGGCUCAAAUCAAUACGCAGGUUCCAAGAAUUCUUGAGGCGACUACAUUCUCUAUAAAGUUGCAAAAGAGAAGGUUUUUAGUUUUAGAAUGUCUUAAUCAAGCG